UAUGAUAAAACCAUCAAUUCAAAUAAUCAGUACCUUGGUCGAUACCGUACAUGUUCCUUUACCAGUUCCAGACAUUGGCACAGAUAUCAGCAUGUCGUUUUCGCCCAUGGAAAUAUCGAGUUGUGAACCUCCGGUAGCGGAUUUGUUGGUUCCUCAGGAGCCUUUCAAAGUGCCCUCAUCUAUUGAAAUCAGCGAACAAAUACCGGAAAGAAAUGCGAGCACCAAUGAUGACUUUUCUGCCUAUGUUCCGGAAUCAUGGAGUUGUUUCAAAAUGCGUACUAAAGUUAUACAACAUACCCUGUUUUCAUACACGAUCGAUGAAGAUUAAUAACGGCGAGCAUUGUCCAAUAACACAAAAAUGUGUUACAAUUGAUGUUGAUGGGAUAUUAAAAUAUUUUGUUUAUGGACGUCACGUUGAUUCGCAACACAAAUUCGAACAAUUCUUAAAAAAGAAAGAAAGGCU